CUGGAGGAAGUAACCACAAAAGUCUCAAACCCUGAGAUGUCCUGGUUCAUUGUAGAAUACACUUGGUGUGAUGCCUCCACAGGAAAUUUUUUAUUUUUUGCUUUCUUGAAUUGUAACAAACACAAUUCCAGGACAGAGCUGAGACUAGGUUGCUGUCAAGAUGAAGACAGCUGGGAACCAAUCAGCGCGCGGUGGCGCUGUGUGUAUAAAUAGAGACGUUCGGAGGCCCGGCUACUCAACUCAGAGACUUUAUUUUUUUACUGUUAGGCAACCAAACCGACAAUCAUGUCUGAAACUGUACCUGCCGCGGCUCCUGCUGCUUCUCCUGCGGAGAAGACACCCGUGAAGAAAAAGGCCCGCAAGUCCACCGGUGCCGCGAAGCGCAAGGCGUCCGGGCCCUCGGUGUCCGAGCUCAUCACCAAGGCUGUCGCCGCCUCCAAGGAGCGCAGCGGCGUGUCUCUGGCUGCGCUCAAAAAGGCACUGGCGGCCGCCGGCUACGAUGUGGAGAAAAACAACAGCCGCAUCAAGCUGGGUCUCAAGAGCCUGGUGAGCAAGGGCACCCUGGUGCAGACCAAGGGCACCGGGGCUUCCGGCUCUUUCAAGCUCAACAAGAAGGCGGCCGCCGGGGAGGCCAAGCCCAAGGCGAAGAAGGCGGGCGCGGCCAAGCCCAAGAAGGCUACCGGGGCGGCUAAGAAGUCCAAGAAAGUCAUGGGUGUGGGCACCCCGAAAAAAACCGCUAAGACGUUGAAGAAGGUGAAGCCUACUACUGGGGCCAAGAAAGUGGCCAAAAGCCCGAAAAAGGUGAAGACAGCCAAGCCCAAGUCGGUCAAGAGCCCAGUCAAGGCUAAUGUUCAUAAGCCCAAGGUAGCCAAGCCUAAGGCGGUCAAGCCAAAAAAGGCGAUCCCCAAGAAGUAGGAGCAUUAAGAGGA